UCCGUCUGUAUAUUUCCCUAUUUCUUAAACACUUUAUUUUCUUAAACACUUUAUUUUCUUUGCCGCUGGCUUCAUUUUUACUUCCCUCCAUGGAUUUCCCAUUUUCCCUCUUUAAUUUCCGAGCUUCCUUCCCCAAAUCUCCAAAAUUCAUUCGAACCCAUUCAAACUCAGAAACCCAAAUUUUAAUUAGACGUUUGGCCGUUCGAAAGGCCACUAUAAGAAGACUCAAAGCUCUUGUUUGAUCCCGCUCCCUGUACUUUCCUUUACCCACAGAAAAAAGCCAUGGUCGGAGGUCAAUUUUGGCUUGUGCGACCCGACGAUGGAGUGAGCAAAGGGGGAUUUCGAAAGGAAGCUGACAGAGAGAGGAGAAAAAGGUUCAGGGUGAUGAGGCUCUGCAAGCCGUUGUUCCACGUGGAGCCUCCGCUGCAACUGGAUCCGAUCAACCUCCUCGUUGGCGAAGACAUCUUCGACGAUCCACUCGCUAGAAUAGCUUUCUCAUACUUGUUGGUGGCUAUUUUGGAGAUCUUUCUAAAAGAUGGAGCAAGCAAGGUUCUUUUACAUGGCCACUUCUCUAUAUUCAAGUGUCACUGUCGGCAUUGGGCAAUGGGUGUAUUUUCAUUUAUUGUUUACUCUGCUUUUAUGUAUGGAAUAUAUGUUCUUGAUUGGCAUUUCACUAUCCAUAACAAGGAUAGUGCUGAUUAUGGGAAGGUUUUCUCUGUAACCUGCAAAGUGAGAGGAAAACUCGAUUCUCCUUGUAAUGCAGUGGGACUAAUAGACAGAUCAGUGCUAGGAAUCAAUCAGAUGUACCAACAUCCUGCAUGGAGAAGAUCUAAGUUUGUCAAGGAUUUGCAUGCUCUUAUUAGCCCAGUUCCUCAAGGAACUCCCCUUCCACUUGUUUUGCUGGGGAAGCUUGGGGAACUUGGGAGGCUUUCAGUAUCAAUGGAAAAGUUGGAGAAGGAGCUAAAGAACUGUGAUAAGUGCCAAGUAUGUUUAACAUAGUUACUAUUUUCUGUGUUUACAGUUGGAUUCUCCUAUUUGAAUUUCCAUAUUAUAUUGUAGUGGAUAAAAAGGGCAAUGAAUAAAUGGUAUUGUUUGAUGAGAAAUUUAUUUUAUAGAGAUUUUUGUGUAUUGUAAAAUGGGUUAGAGUACCAUUUGUUCUCAAUAUAUGAAUAAAAUGAGUUAGGGUUU